UAAAAACAAGAUCCACCUCGAACACCCACACCCAUCAUCCCCUUUCUCUUUCUCUCUCUAAAAAAUAUCGAAUCUUUCCAGAUUAAUAUCCUCUGAUCCAACAUCUGCAACAACAACUACUGAUUUACAUGCCAAUUGGGUUCUCAAUUUGACCCACAAAUAUCACCAAAACAAUGAAAGAAGAUGACUCCAAUUGGUUCUCAAAAUGGGAAGAUGAGCUACCAUCACAAGAAGACCUUAUGCCCUUAUCUCAAACCCUAAUCACCCCUGAUCUAGCUAUAGCUUUUGACAUUAGAACCCCAAAUUCCCACACCCCAACUCCACUUAACAACCACCUACAUCUGCCGCCGAUUUCUACCCCCAGUUCAGGGGAAUUCGAUUCCUCGGAACUCGGGGCGAGCGGCGACGAACCGGCGCGGACGCUGAAACGUCCGCGCCUUGUGUGGACCCCGCAGCUCCACAAGAGGUUUGUGGACGCGGUGGCCCACUUAGGGAUAAAGAACGCCGUACCUAAAACGAUAAUGCAGCUCAUGAGUGUAGACGGGUUGACUCGCGAGAAUGUCGCGAGUCAUCUUCAGAAGUACAGGCUUUAUUUGAAACGUAUGCAGGGUCUUUCGCCUGGAGCCGGGUCUGGUGGAGAUCCGGCUACGGAUCAUUUGUUUGCGAGUUCUCCGGUCCCGGCUCAUUUUCUCCAUCAGGGUCGGCCGAAUUCGGAUCAUUUUUUGCCGUAUGUUCCGGUGGCUGCACUGCAGCAUCCGCAGCAGAUGGCUGCGGUGGCUGGGCAUUUGCAGCCGCGGUAUGGGCAAAUUGGUCAUUUUGGGUCUCCGCGAAACGGGCAGUUUGAGCACCCUUUAUUGAGUAGACAAAAUCAGCAAGUGGUUCAUAGGGUAGGGGCACCGGUUCAUAAUUCUGUGGAUGAUCUUGAAUCAGCAAAUGGUAGAAAGGUUCUAACUUUGUUUCCAACAGGAGAUGACUGAUUUAAGGGAUGGUGGCGAAGGCAAAUGCAGAUACAUCGGCUCGAGCAUGAUGACUAACAACUAAAAGGAUCAAUGAAACUAUGUCCGCGAUUACUUAAAAACCGAGCAUGUAACAGAAGCGGUUAACUUUUACUUCUUUCAGUUAUUUCUAGUUUAGAUGUGUAGAGAUCAGUUCGAGUUUGUUGUAAAUUAUUGGAUUGUGAUCAACUUCAAGACAUGUUAUAUUGACGGAUCAUUUCAGAAAAUGAACAUUGUUCUAGUUUUGUUAGUUUUUA